CUCCAGAGAACAACGGGCUCAUUCAGCGGUCGGGAGCUGCCCGCGAGGGGGAGCGACCAGGCGGCUAGCGCGACUCGUCCCGGGGGUGGGGCCGGCGCGGUGGCCAGAGGAGACGAAGGUGGCCGCGGCGGCGGCGGCAGCAGCAGCGCGGCAGCCUCGAACCCGGCCCGGAGUGCAGGGCGGCCGCCGCGGCUCCCGCUCCCCCUCCCGGUGCGUCCGCCCAUGGCGGCCGCGGGGCAGCUGUGGCUGCUUUACCUGUCGGCGUGGCUCCUGCCUCGGCUCGGCGCCGCCUUCAACUUGGACACCCGCGAGGACAAUGUGAUCCGGAAAACGGGGGACCCCGGGAGCCUCUUCGGCUUCUCGCUGGCCAUGCACCGGCAGCUGGAGCCUGAGGACAGGCGGCUGUUGCUCGUGGGGGCCCCUCGGGCGGUGGCCCUUCCCCUGCAGAGGGCCAACAGAACAGGCGGCUUGUACAGCUGUGACAUCACCUCCCCGGGGCCUUGCACACGGAUUGAAUUUGAUAACGACGCUGACCCUUCAUCAGAAAGCAAGGAAGAUCAGUGGAUGGGGGUCACCGUGCAGAGCCAAGGUCCAGGGGGCAAAGUUGUGACAUGUGCUCACCGAUAUGAAAAAAGGCAACAUGUCAAUACAAAGCAGGAAUCCCGAGAUAUCUUUGGAAGGUGCUACGUCCUGAGUCAGAAUCUGAGGAUUGAGGAUGACAUGGAUGGAGGAGACUGGAGUUUUUGCGAUGGCCGAUUGAGAGGCCAUGAAAAAUUUGGUUCUUGCCAGCAAGGAGUAGCAGCUACUUUUACUAAAGACUUUCAUUACAUUGUAUUUGGAGCCCCAGGCACUUAUAACUGGAAAGGCAUCGUUCGUGUAGAGCAAAAGAAUAACACUUUUUUUGACAUGAACAUCUUUGAAGAUGGGCCUUAUGAAGUUGGUGGAGAGACUGACCAUGACGAAAGUCUGGUUCCUGUUCCCGCUAACAGUUACUUAGGCUUUUCUUUGGACUCAGGAAAAGGUAUUGUUUCUAAAGAUGAGAUCACUUUCGUGUCUGGUGCUCCAAGAGCCAAUCACAGUGGAGCUGUGGUUUUGCUAAAAAGGGACACGAAGUCUGCACAUCUUCUCCCUGAGUACAUCUUUGAUGGGGAAGGUCUGGCUUCUUCAUUCGGUUAUGACGUGGCAGUGGCGGACCUUAACAAUGAUGGGUGGCAAGAUAUAAUUAUUGGAGCCCCACAGUAUUUUGAUAGAGAUGGAGAAGUUGGAGGUGCCGUGUAUGUUUACAUUAACCAGCAAGGCAGGUGGAAUAAAGUCAAGCCAAUUCGUCUUAAUGGAACCAAAGAUUCUAUGUUUGGCAUUGCAGUAAAAAAUAUUGGCGAUAUUAAUCAAGAUGGCUACCCAGAUAUUGCAGUUGGAGCUCCCUAUGAUGAUAUGGGAAAGGUUUUUAUCUAUCACGGAUCCCCGAAUGGAAUAAAUACCAAGCCAACACAGAUUCUUGAGGGUAAAUCCCCUUAUUUUGGAUAUUCAAUUGCUGGAAAUAUGGACCUUGAUAGAAAUUCCUACCCUGAUGUUGCUGUUGGUUCCCUCUCAGACUCAGUAGCUGUGUUCAGGUCCCGGCCUGUGAUUAAUAUUCAGAAAACGGUCACCGUGACACCAAGCACGAUUGAUCUCCGCCAGAAAACAUUCUGUGGGGCGCCCAGCGGGAUAUGCCUCAAGGUGAAGGCCUGUUUUGAAUAUACUGCCAAACCCACAGGUUACAAUCCUUCGAUAACCAUUUUGGGCACACUCGAGGCUGAAAAGGAGAGAAGGAAAUCUGGGCUGUCAUCAAGAGUUCACUUUCGAAACCAAGGGUCUGAGGCCAAGUAUACUAAAGAGCUAACUCUGACCAGGCAGAAGCAGAAGGAGUGCAUAGAGGAGACCCUCUGGCUCCAGGAAAAUAUCCGAGAUAAACUGCGUCCCAUUCCCAUAACUGCUUCAGUAGAGAUCCAAGAGCCAAACACGCGGAGGAGAGUGAACUCACUUCCGGAGGUUCUUCCCAUUCUGAAUUCAAACGAACCCAAGACAGUUCACAGAGAUGUGCACUUCUUAAAAGAGGGAUGUGGAGACGACAAUGUAUGUAACAGCAACCUUAAACUAGAAUAUAAAUUUUGUACCCGAGAAGGAAAUCAAGACAAGUUUUCUUACUUACCAGUUCAGAAAGGUGUACCAGAACUAGUUCUAAAAGACCAGAAGGACAUUGCUUUAGAAAUAACAGUGACCAACAGCCCUUCGGAUCCAAGGGACCCCGCGAAAGACGGAGAUGACGCUCAUGAAGCGAAGCUCGUGGCAACUUUUCCCGACACUCUGACUUACUCGGCGUACAGAGAACUGCGGGCUUUCCCUGAGAAACAGCUGAGUUGUGUUGCCAAUCAGAACGGCUCGCAAGCGGACUGUGAGCUUGGAAAUCCUUUCAAAAGAAAUUCCAGUGUGACUUUUUAUUUGAUUUUAAGUACAACUGAGGUCACCUUUGACACCACAGAUCUGGAUAUUAAUCUGAAGUUGGAAACAACAAGCAAUCAAGAUAAUUUGGCUUCAAUUACAGCUACAGCAAAAGUGGUUAUUGAACUGCUUUUAUCAGUCUCUGGAGUUGCUAAACCUUCCCAGGUGUAUUUUGGAGGUACAGUUGUUGGUGAGCAAGCUAUGAAAUCUGAAGAUGAGGUGGGAAGUUUAAUAGAGUAUGAGUUCAGGGUAAUUAACUUGGGUAAACCUCUUAAAAACCUUGGCACAGCAACCUUGAAUAUCCAGUGGCCAAAAGAAAUUAGCAAUGGCAAAUGGCUGCUUUAUUUGGUGAAAGUAGAAUCCAAAGGAUUGGAAAAAAUAGCCUGUGAGCCACGGAGUGAAAUAAACUUCCUGAACCUAAAGGAGUCUCACAACUCAAGAAGGAAACGGGAAAUCGCUGAAAAACAGAUAGAUGAUAGCAGAAAAUUUUCUUUAUUUGCUGAAAGAAAAUAUCAGACUCUUAACUGCAGCACGAACGUGAACUGCGUGAACAUAAGCUGCCCGCUGCGAGGGCUGGACAGCAAAGCCUCUGUCGUUCUGCGCUCGAGGUUAUGGAAUAGCACGUUUCUAGAGGAAUAUUCCAAAAUGAACUACUUGGAUAUUCUCACACGGGCUUCCAUUGACAUAGCUGCCGCCGCCGAGAACAUCAAGCUGCCAAACGCCGGCACUCAGAUUCGUGUGACUGUGUUUCCCUCAAAGACCACAGCUCAGUACUCAGGAGUGCCUUGGUGGGUCGUCCUAGUGGCCAUACUCGCUGGGAUUUUGAUGCUUGCUCUCUUAGUGUUUUUACUAUGGAAGUGCGGAUUCUUUAAACGCACUAGGUACGACGAUAGUGUUCCCCGCUACCACGCUGUGAGGAUCCGGAAGGAAGAGCGGGAGAUCAAAGAUGAAAAAUACAUCGAUAACCUUGAAAAAAAACAGUGGAUCACAAGGUGGAAUGAAAAUGAAAGCUACUCCUAAAAGGGGCCCAGAAAAGCUUCACAGUACCCAAACUGCUUUCCCCCCACUAACUCAGAAAUCUAAGUGGACUUACGAGCCCGCUCCAGACCUGAAUGUUACCUUCGGACAGACUACGCACGGUCUGAACUUACAGCUUUCACCGUGGAUGCUGUCGUGCAGCCUGAGGCUCCCUGGGCUGGCACAGCCGCAUUUAAGACUGUUGGAGUGGAGUUGGCUUUAACUGCCUUCAUUUAACUUUCCGGGUUGCCUUUGUUUUUGGUGUGGCUGCCUGGCAUGUGCCGGGGCCAGCCGUCCUCCGUAGCUCAGCCUCUGCACCCCUUCUUCCCCUAGGCCCGGGCCGUCGGGAUGGCUGCAUUUCAAUGCCAAGUGCUCUCUGAAGUGAAACGUGCAAUAGGUGAUGUGGCCAUCCUGCCGUCUUUUCCCAGAUGUGUGAAUCCUCCUCACAUCACACAACAUCCUGGCCUCACCCUUCCUGUUCACUAAAACACAUGGCUGCAACAGACUUGAAUGCUAGGUAUACUUACUUGUAUAUGGUAUUUAUUUUUUUCUUUUUUACAAACCAUUUUGUUAUCGACAGGCCAAAGAUUCUCCAGUUUACCCUUCCAGUUGGAUUAAACAAUCAGAAUGUGGUUUGAAUUUAGUGCACACACAAAAAAUCCUUUGUAAGUUAUUACAUCUCCCUUCAUGACAGCCCUCACCCCCCUCCUCCAGACCCAGACUGUUUCAGAAAUAGGAUUUAACCGUAAGAUGUUUAAUUCUUAUCAGUGCAUAUUUUUGAGUCUAGAGCCCUGAGAUCUCCUGCGUAUUUUGUGCUGUAACUUUCAGGAACUCUCGGAAAUAGGGUUGGUUUGUUGAACUUUGGCACAGUGUAGGCCCUGCUGCAAAUAAUGUAUCAUCCAGGACUUGAAAGAAAGGGUUGGUGCCUAUUGGUGGGUCCAAAUGGAUCCAGCAUGAGUCUACUGAGUAUCUGAUACCAGAAGUCAGAACAUCGUAGGUUUUACAUUUUUAAAUGCUAUUGGAAUCAUUUAAUCAGUGAGUCAGUGUUCUGGUUUUUGCUUUGUUUCCUCCUACCCUAUAUUCCCCAAAAUUACUUGGGACUGUGCUAACUACCAUUUUAAAUGUAAAAAUUAAGUGGCAGAGAAGGAAAACAUUUCUGCACAUUCAAGAGACAUUGAAUAGAUAGGAAAUCUGAAUUUUUAAAAAUUUACUUCAAAAUGUUGUUAUAUGGGAAAUAACAGAAAACAGGUGCUAAUUUGUUUGGAUCUAGUAUAAGCAGCAUCUCAAUCUUUCAGAACAAAAUACAACUGUAUGUGCCACUGUUGCUUCAGAGCGUGGUUUUUUUUUUUUUUUUUCUGAAAUCAUAGGCCCUUAAGAUACUAAAGACAUUAUUCUCAUUGUACUUUGGAAUUUUCAUUCACAAAGAUAGUCUUACAAAUGAUACUUUGUUUACAAAAAUUUCUCUAAAACAGGUCAUACCAGUGUUGAAAUCUCCCUUUCUUGCUUAGGUAGGUAACUUGUAACCGAAUGCACUGGCUUUAUAGGUUGCCAAGCAGCUGAUAUUUUGAAAGUGUCUAUAGACCUCUGUUUAAAAAAAAAAAAAAAAGUCCUAAAAGGGAGGGAGGAGGUGGAGGGCUGGUUCAACAACAAAGAAUGUAAUGGUGUUUGUUAAAAACGUCAUCUCAAGUCAAGUCACUGGUCUGUUUGCAUUUGAUACAUUUUAAUACUAACUAGCACUGUAAAAUUAUGAUUAGAAAAUACCUGUGGAUAUUUGUAUAAAAGUGAAAUUUUUUUAUGAAAGUGUUCAUUGCUUAGUAACACAUUAUGUAUGUGAAACAAACUCUAAAAUUAUAAAAAACCUGAAUUGCUUUUUUUAUUUUAUGGAGCCAAACUCAAGUUUUUGAUAUUUUCUGUGAUUGAGGGGUUUUUUCCCCCCCUUUGGGCUCUAUUGCACAGUUGUCAAAAGAAAAUGAUCUUAAAGAUGGUUUUAUUCAAGAUAUCUACAAACUGGGAGAUGUCAUUUAGCAAUGAUACCAUGGCGUGAAGAGUAAGAGUUCUUAUGGAAAAGUUGCUUUCUUCUGAGAAGAUAUUUUGGAUGUGAGCGCAGUUCUGCUGUGACAUUAUUUAUCGCCAAGGACUGAUUUGGCAGAACUGACUGGCCUGAAAAUAUUUUCUUCACCAAAGGAUUUUGUUUAGAUUUAAGCAAUUUUAUGAGCUUUCUCUAGCUGGAUUAUCACAAUCUAAUAAAUGAAAAUAAGGCAUGUAUAUAGAGCUCAGAUAAUAUAGCAUGCCCUAUCUUGAAUAAAUUUCCAAUGCAAAAUGUCUUAUCUGUCUAGUAACUUAAGUAAUGGUUUUCUACUAGGUAUUAUAUAGUGAAUCUUAGUCUUCUUAGUUCUUUGGGUGGCAAAACCAGUCUGUCUGAUCUUCAAAGAAAUGUGAUGGGUAUUUUAAUGACAGACCAGUGUGAAUGAACUUUUAUUCACAGUCCCAUGGACCUACCCAGAUUAAUGACUAUAAUAUGUAACCACCAUAAUCAUUCAAAGUGUCUUGGCUAGGGCAUAAAUGACCUGUGCUGGACGUCAUGGCAAUGGCUUUAUGUGAUUCUUUCCCUUUCUCUCCCUCUUAAAAAAAAUCCUGCAGGAAUGCCCAGCAGUGACAGUAGUAGAUAAAUAGGAAUAUCCUUGGAUCCAUUUACAAACGUUGAUAUGUUGUUACUUGCCCCAAUCUCACAAUGGGUCAUGCCCUUGGGGCUGAGACUAUUUCGGAAUAUGGGGUAGAUGUACGUGGUAAUGCUUUAAAUUGUCCAGACCACGGAAGUAAGGGUAAGAUCAAGCCUUCUACCCUAAAUGAAAACAUCUUAAUGAGAACUGAUCUCUGGCACACUACCCCAUGAAAGGACAAUGUGGGAAAACAUUGGGAUUAAUAGAUUUUGUUUUAAAGGAAGAAAAGAGUGAAAUAUUCUAGGUGGCUGGGUUCCACAGAAGUACAACCUGAGGGCCGAGAAAACAGGAAUGUAUGACAGUUGUGACCGGGAGGGGUAGCAUAAAGUAAGUGGUUAAAGGCAGUUCCUUAAGACCAAAAGGGUCUAAUCAUGGUUCAACCACUGAGGAAAAGACAAGGUUCAAAGAGAUGAAGAAAAUGAACUUCAGAAUGAUUUCAAAACAGCAGCUACCACAAAAAAGCCAAUAGCCUCUGUUCUUCCAGUAGCUCUUGCUUAUGGUCACAUGGCAAGUAAGUGUUUUUUUUUCCUCUUGUACCUUUAAAAAAACAGGUUUUGCUGACUCUGAAAGGCAUCUGGCCCAGCUGUUAGGAUGGGGGAAGCAGUGAGUACCGGUGGCUGAGGCCAGCUCUGCAGAGGCGUUAACCAACAGGCCCAUCUAGAAGGAAAGUUGUAAAGGGAUUGAUUCAUGGUUAAAAUCCUCUAAGAAGACAGAAAUCAGAAAAAAACUAGUCUAGCACAGUGCAAGGGUGGACCACGUGCCACACAGUGCGUAACCAACCAGGGAAUGGUUAAUGAGGACACUGGAGUGAAGGAGUUAAGUGCAGUUUCUGUAGAGUCAGCAGGGCUUAAGGGCCUCUGUCAUCUCUUCGCCCUCUCCCCAAAGCCAUCUCAGUCCGACUGCUCCAUGGAAAUGGGCAGCGACAGACCCAUGUUAGCAGAGGUCAGAUAAAAUUUUACUAUUCAUACUUCUAGAACGUUCACAAAGUCUCAACCUACACGGAUAGCAUGUACUUCAUUAUCCAGAGCUUAGCACAUAAGUAUUCAAUUCACCAAUAACCAGUAGAUAGAUGUGAGUGUUCUGUUAUUGUGAGGUGAGCCUGGGUGGCUCAGUCGGUUGAGCGUCCGACUCUUGGUUUUGGCUCAUGGUCAUGAGAUCCAGCCCCGUGUCAGGCUCCAUGCUCAGCGGGCAGUCUGCUUGAGAUUCUCUCUCCCUCUGCCCUUACCCCCAUGCGUGCUCUCUCUCUCUCUCUCUCUCUCAAAUCUUGAUAAAAGAUCCUGUCAUUGUGAAAGAGACAGAUGUAGUUUAAUAAUUGAUAGAUGAAUGGAUAAAGAAGAUGUGGUAUAUAUGCUCUAUGGAGUAUUCUGCAGCCAUAAAAAAGAUUGCCAUUUGUGACAACAUGGAUGGAACUAGAGGGCAUAAUGCUAAGUGAAAU